GUAAUGAUUGGUUCGACCUGGUAAUUCACUAGAUAAUUCUUUGCAUCGGUUGGUGUCCAAUCGUACCGUGGUCAAUCGGGACGCUCUCGUCUUGAUCGUAACAGAAGUGACGAGUGAUUGACAUUUUGUACUAUUGUGGAGGAUAAGUCUUAUCUCAUCUGUGUUUCAGCUGUGUCGAUAUGUUGACGUCUCUGCGUCGAGCUUGCGGGCUUCUUGCUCAGAAAAAUAUUAGAGCGGUACAAACAACAGCAAACUGUGCAUCAGACCAGCUGUUUAUUCAUAGAGAUAGCGAACAUGAUAACCCAAAUAUACCAUUUGAGUUCAAUGAGGCUAAUAAGAAGCGCAUUGAGGCACUCCUUGCAAUCUAUCCUGAAGGUCACAAACGUGGUGCCAUGAUACCACUGUUAGACUUGGCACAACGACAGCAUGGAUGGCUACCCAUUUCUGCUAUGCACAAAGUCGCAGAGAUAUUGGAUCUACCACACAUGAGAGUGUAUGAAGUAGCCACAUUCUACACAAUGUUCAAUCGAAGACCCAUGGGAAAAUAUCAUGUGCAGAUCUGUACCUGCACUCCAUGCUGGUUGCGAGAUUCCGACUCGAUAGUCGAAGCUGUGACAAAGGCUGCCAACUGUGAACUUGGUGCUACUUCCACCGACAAAUUAUUCACAAUCUCCGAAGUAGAAUGUCUUGGUGCUUGUGCCAAUGCUCCCAUGUUCCAAGUGAAUGAUGAUUAUUAUGAGGACUUAACCCCAGAAAGUGCAACAGCUAUAAUAAAUGCUUUUAAGAAAGGAGAGAGACCUCCAGCAGGUCCACAAACCUCUACUAGAUUUGCAGCUGACCCUAAUGGUGGUCUUACAUCAUUAACAACUCCACCAACAGGCCCUGGAUUUGGUAUCAGAUCAGACUUGUAAAAUUUGUUUUCAAUAGGAAUGUAGUAUAUAUUGAUGGAUGUAAGAAACUGCUUGUUAAUGCUGUUAAUAAACAUACAGUAAGACAGUGAA